GUCGUCCUCCAAUCUUCUCCCAUAAUCCAACAAUGUGAUAACUACUACUUGGCAUCUGCCAACUCCACACUUCUUACAACUCUAAUCAACUUCCCAUCUGGUACCCCAACGCCCGAUCAUCAGCUUACGAUGGAAUUCACUCAGCUAUUCGGAAAUCCUCUAUGGGUAGCAGCCUUAGCUUGGGCAGGGUACAGCCUUUGGCUCGUCCUCUGGCGGCUAUAUCUAUGCCCACUGGCUCGAUUCCCUGGACCCAAGCUAGCAGCUGUUACCGGCUGGUACGAGUUCUACUUCGAUGCAAUCUGCCAUGGAAAGUAUACGUUUGAAAUCGCGAAAAUGCACGAGCAAUAUGGACCCAUCGUCCGAAUCACUCCUUGGGAGCUCCACAUCAACGAUCCAGACUACUACGACGUUCUCUACUCACGCAACAGCCCCCGCAACAAAUACCAAUGGUUUGCAAACAUGUUCGGCACACCCAAAGCCUCAAUCGCCAUAUUGGACCACUACCAACACCGUCUCCUGCGGUCCAACAUGAAUCCAUAUUUCUCCAUGCAGCGGAUCAGAGCACUGGAACCCGAGAUCCGAGCCCUGGUCGAUAAGCUUUGCCAGCGACUAAAUGAGUUCAAGGGCACAGGUCACCCCAUAACGCUUCAACCUGCAUAUACUUGUUUCACAACGGAUGUUAUCUCUGACUACACCAUGGGCGUCGGCUUUCACUACCUGGACGAGCCAGACUUCAUUGCCCAAUGGAGCGAAACACUGAGCGGAAUCGCACAAGGCACAGCCUUCUUCAAACCAUUCCCGUGGUUGUUGACUAUACUCAAAGCCCUACCGCAAGGGCUGGUGACGAAACUCAACCCCGGCAUGGGCUUGAUGUUCGCAUUUCAGAAUCGCUGCCUGGUCCUCAUCAAUUCAGUCAUCGAAAACCAGAAGAGCGGAAAAGAGAACUUCGGCCAUCCUACCUUCUUCCACGACGUACUAGCGAGCGAUUUACCUCCGGAAGCAAGAAGCGCCGAACGAUUGGCGCAAGAGAUCCAGACCAUCAUAGGUGCCGGCGCCGAGACCGUUGCGAAGAUGCUUAGCUGGACGACGUACUACCUCCUCGAGAACCUAGAGAAGCUGAGAAAGCUGAAGGAGGAGCUCAAUAGGCUUGAUCCAAAUCGGACGGCAGCCCUGGUGGAUUUCGAGAAGAUGCCCUAUCUGACGUCCGUCAUGCUCGAAGGACUAAGACUAUCAUACGGCGUAAGCACCCGCCUCCCAAGAAUUGCACCCGACCAAGCCCUCCAAUACAAGCAAUGGUCUAUUCCGGUGGGCACCCCCGUCGGCAUGACCAGCGUGUUAAUGCACCACAACGAAACCAACUUCCCCGAUUCUUACAACUUUAUCCCCGAGCGGUGGAUGGAUCUCGAAGCCCGUAAAAGACUCGAGAGUUACCUGGUUCCCUUCAGUAAGGGGUCGAGGCAAUGUGUCGGGCAAAAUCUCGCACGAGCCGAAAUGCUGCUGGCCCUUGCCACACUCUUCCGCGACGUCAACUUUGAACUGUACGAAACGACGAGAGAAGACGUUACGAUGGCCCACGAGCUGUUCCUCCCUUUUCCCAAAAAGGGAAGUGAAGGUGUGCGAGUCUUGGUGAAAUAGGGGGUUCGGUUCGGACAGUAUAAGUGUCGUGUUCAUUGUAUAUGGAUGUCAAGGCGACCUGUUGCUGUUGUUGUACAUUUGCCGCUUUGCAUGGGUCAGGUGCGCUUCUCUCGGGUUGAUGUUAAUAUAGUCAUCCAGCUGAAUUAUCUUUCUCAGAGCAAAGGCCUAACGACCUGGCACAAACGGCGCGUGAGCCAUUUGAAGCGGCCUUCGCUCA